AGAGGAGUGAGGCUGCGGGGCAGAGACUGAAUCUCUAGGGUGAUCGCGAACGCACCUCUGACUUUGGUUGAUAAGUGCAGCAAGGCAGUCAGGGUUGGGGAAUCUGCCGGCGGGGGGGAGGCAGCGAGGGAUCCAGAGGAGAGCCGUGGAUGCUGGUGUCCCUGGCAAGUAGCCGACCGAGCAGGAGACAGAUAACAGAGCUGCAGCCGGGAUCUCGCUGGGGGGGGGCUGCAUUUUACGGUGACAACGAAGCGUGGAGACAAGAAAGGAAGGACGCUGACACUUUUGCUGUGCGGUACUUGUGUGGCAGAGAGAGAAAGCAGUGUUGCCUUUUUUUUUCCCCUCGUGGAUGUUAAAUGACGGAGAACUUUUGAAGAAGGAUUCAUCAUGUUGACAACAAGACCUUUCCACUUCUUCAUUUGAAGUUGCUGGAUUUACGCCCUCAACACAGACUCGCCCCGGUCUCGCGAGCGGUAAGAUGCCGUCUCCAGAUUCAGAAUGAGCAGUAAGUGGAUUAUGCCGGCAGUGUUCUGGGAUUCUUUUUUGCUUGAAUAAGAAAAUCCACGACUGCUGGAUGUGCUACUGAAGAGCGAAGAGGGGAUCUCUGGCUUUUGCUUCUUGUGUGGAUUACAGAUGGGCUUUGUGGUUCUUUUGUGCCGUCAUGGAUGGCUGCUCCCUGCUCGAUAUUAGGAGCAAGUGCAAACAGGAGCAGAAGUGGUUGUGGCUCAAAGAUUGAUUGAAGUGAUCGGUGCGAAUCCCCUAAAUGCCUCUGGGAUUCUUGCCAAACUUGAGGAAAUGGAAGACACUAUUUAGAAGCACUUGCUGAUCAACACCUUCACCCGGCAAGCUGACGACCCUCCGCGCCCCCAGCAGAAACACCCCUCCUCCUCCUCCUCCUCCUCCACCCCCGCAGGCAAGGAUGGUCCCCCCACCUCCCACCAACAAGCCCCACGUGUGCCUGUCCACCAUCCUGAUCAUGAGCAGCAUGGCGCUGAUCGACGCCUACCUGGUGGAGCAGAACCACGGGCCACGGAAGAUUGGCAUCUGCAUCAUGGUGAUGGUGGGAGACAUCUGCUUUCUGAUCGUGUUGCGAUAUGUGGCGGUGUGGGUGGGCGCCGAGGUUCGAACAGCCAAAAGGGGCUACGCCAUGAUCCUUUGGUUCCUCUACAUUUUUGUGCUGGAGAUCAAGGUCUACUUUGUGUAUCAAAACUACAAGGCAGACAGAAAGAGCCUUGACGCCUUGGCGAGGAAGGCUUUGACUUUGCUGCUUUCCAUUUGCAUUCCAGUCUUGUUUGUGGUGCUGGUGGCCAUAGACCACAUGGAGUAUGUCCGUGCUUUUAAGAAACGAGAAGAGAUCCGCAAUCGCCUUUUUUGGGUGGUGGUGGAUUUACUGGACAUACUGGACAUCCAGGCCAACCUGUGGGAGCCCCAGAAGAAGGGUCUUCCUCUGUGGGCAGAGGGUCUGAUGUUCUUCUACUGCUACAUCUUGCUCCUCGUGCUGCCCUGCGUGUCACUCAGCGAGAUCAGCAUGCAGGGCAUCAACAUCGUGCCGCACAAAAUGCUCCUCUACCCCAUUCUGAGCUUGGUGACCAUCAACGUCAUCACACUUUUCAUCCGCGGAGGCAACAUGAUCUUCUACAGGGACGCCAGGGUGUCUGGGAUUCUGAUAGGCAAGAACAUCCUGGCAAUCAUCAUAAAGACCUGCAGCUUCGUGCAGUACAGGAGACAGUUGCAGAACGCUCCUCCUGCAUUCGGAGUCGAGCUGCAGAAGAACUCGGUGGCUCACGCUCGCCCAAACCCCACCCCUCCCCAAGUGGUGAUACAGGACCAGACAGCUCUGCCUGAGGUGACGACAUGCGAGCACACAUGACAGAAUGGUGAGGUGACGCCUCGGGACAUGACUCAAAACCACCCUCAGGAUGCUGACGGGACACAUUCCCCCACAGAGAACUCCUGUGCAACGGAGCCCCCAUUCCUAUCAUGGUGCAAAAACACAUCUGUUGUGGUUCUCCGAUUACUUUCUCAUCUGUGAAUCCAGCCACCUGUGUAUCUUUUCUAAUUGUAACGAUCAAAGAAAAGGCAAGAUGAGAGUAUAUAUUUUUCAACUGUGUGUGUUGCAUUUUAAUCACAAGGGUCGGUGUGCUAUUGUGUGUAUUUCCGUUGCUUGAGUGUACUUUAGUCGUCGAAGGCUUUACCGGACCGAAAGUAACCAGCCAGAGAAUUGAAGAAAAUUACUGUUGAAGACGUGUGUUUUAUAUGUCAUUCUUUGAUAAUGUAUUGUGUACAAGAUAAAAGAGAUCAAUUAUUAUUCUGGCUUUGGCAUUUUUGUAUGAAAGAAACGUGGAUUGCACUAUAAUUAAAGUAUUUUCUCACAUUAUCUGUACUUUAUUAUCAAUAAAUACGUUCAUUGAGCAAGCCUCAUAGGACCCUCAACAGUUGUAACUUAUGGUUUUCGAGUUCCUUGUUACACAUGUUAGAAGCACCUGCUGCAGAAGUUCUAAAACUCUGGGCAGCCAGAGCUCCGCCCCCAUUUAUUAUUGUUGCUGUUACAUAGUCAAUUCUACCCAGUCAAUAUC